AAUAUUUUUGUGGCUAAAAGUAGUUCUUCACUUUCCCACACAUUCUACUCCAACAAAAAAGAAAAAAAAAAAGAAAAUGAAUGACACUCAUUUGCAUUUCUUGAGAAAAUGUCCUUCAGAGCUCAACUUUCCCACACAAAUUUCCGUCCAAUUUCUGGCAUAUCUCCCAAUUUCGGGAGAAUUUCUCCCAGAGUUUCUUUCGUUUUACCAGUUUCCAAAAACCCAAUCAGCAAUUUUCAAAAAUCCUCAAGAAAUUCCAAAUGGACAAUUAAGCUAAGUUUACAAUUAGAGCAGAGUACAACCCCCUCAAAUUCAACGGUGGAUGUUCAACGGUUAGUGGAUUUCUUGUAUGAAGAUUUGCCUCAUCUGUUUGAUGAUCAGGGGAUUGAUCGAACUGCUUAUGAUGACCGUGUGAAGUUCAGGGAUCCCAUUACCAAGCAUGAUACUAUUGCUGGGUAUUUGUUGAAUAUUGCUAUUUUGAAGAAUGUUUUCAGACCUAAUUUUCAAUUACAUUGGGCUAAGCAGACAGGACCAUAUGAGAUAACUACAAGGUGGACUAUGGUGAUGAAAUUUAUGCUCUUGCCAUGGAAGCCAGAAUUGAUUUUUACCGGAACUUCAGUGAUGGGCAUCAAGCCUGAGACAGGCAAAUUCUGUAGUCAUGUGGAUUACUGGGAUUCUAUAAAAACGAAUGACUAUUUUUCUUUAGAAGGCUUAUGGGAUGUCUUUAGACAGCUCCGGAUGUACAAGACGCCAGACUUGGAAACACCUAAAUACGAAAUACUGAAAAGAGCAGCUGAUUAUGAGGUAAGGAAGUAUGCCCCCUUUGUGGUAGUCGAAACUCAGGGUGACAAGCUUUCUGGGUCAGCUGGCUUUAAUUCUGUUGCAGGCUACAUCUUCGGAAAGAACUCCAAGGAAGAGAAGAUACCCAUGACUACUCCUGUCUUCACCGAGACGAAUGAUGCGGGAAUAUCAAAAGUCGCCAUUCAGAUAGUCCUUCCCCAAGACAAAGACUUCAACAGUUUGCCUGACCCUAAUCAAGAGACAAUCAGCCUAAGGAAGGUGGAAGAAGGCAUUGCUGCAGCAUUGAAAUUUAGCGGGAAACCAACGGAGGAUGUUGUUAGACAAAAAGAAAAAGAACUUCGUAAUAGUCUAAUUAGGGAUGGUCUCCAACCAAAACAAGGGUGCUUGCUUGCACGAUACAAUGAUCCUGGCCGAACAUGGGAGUUCAUUAUGAGGAACGAGGUGCUGAUUUGGCUUGAAGAUUUUGCGUUGGAGUAAAAAUACUUCGAAUUCGUGUUCUUGCAGCAAAAUGUCUGCUUUCUGAAUUGUACAUUUUUAUAACAGAGGAAUGGGAAUUGACAGAAAGCAAAGAAUGUAGAUUGAGAACGUCAAGCAAAAGAGAAAGCAUAAUAUAUUUCAACUUGGAAGCAUGGAACUUCUAUCAGUUUUAUACGAUUAACUAAUAGCGUAGCUUGAUGAGUUAGAGAGCAUCUAAGUUCAACUCAUGCUAAAUGAUACUUUGGCUUCUUCAUUUAUUUACUUUCUAUUUAUGUGAAGUUGUACAUGAUAUUUGUUAUCAAGAGUCAAUCGAAAACAAUCUUUUAUUAAUUUUAGGAAAAA